AUGCAGUCAUUUUUUGCACCUCUAGCUUGGUUCAUUUAUUCCACAAUACCUCCUGUGUGUGCAUUUUUUGGUUGGCAGGCUCUUCCUUUCGCACUUCUUGCCUCGUUUGUAGCUAUUAUAUUUUGUAUCGUACAGUUGUGGAAAGUAAUUGCAUCUUGUUCAAUAAAUUCAUCAAGCGAAGAAAUGUCCGAAUACUCUGACUGUCCAUCUACUC